AUGACUACCCCCGCGACGUUCGUGCCCAUGUCCUGCGUCAUCACCGAGGCCGGUCUCUUGGCUGCGAUCCACGAGUUCAAGCGGCGCGAGGCCAACGGCGAAGACGACGGUGACCUCCUCAUUGCCCGCAACGUGCUCCUCCUCCGCUGGAUCGACAGCUAUCAAAGCCGAGGGGCCGUCUUCCGCGCCACGUACGAGGCCGCUUUCAUUACCAAGACGACGCGCGGCGACGUCUACAUCGCCAAGGCGCACAGCAAUGUCAACUCGAUGGCGAUGGGGAGUCUCCAAAGAGCUUUUGACGUCGCCUUGAUGGGAAUGCCCUUGAAAAACAUCAGAAGCGUGGACUUUACGUAUGGUGGCCACUUUCGCACACCGGACCUCUCGAUCAAGCUAACGCACCGGGUCCGCGACGACCCCUGCAGCCAUUUGCCGCGCGGCAUCGUCGAGGUUUUGGUUCCUACCAAUACGUCGUUCAGCAGAUACCACGCCGACACGCUUACGUUCUUUGACGUCUGCCCGCCACUCCAGACCGUCCUCACGCUCGUUCUCUACCCGUUGCGGGAUGUGGAAGCGGGCGACGUUGACCAUCUCGCGGGCGAAAUGCCGGCGCUUGCGCUGCUCUACCGUCGCCUUGCCAGCGGUGUCACGAUCACGGAUGCUGUGAGCUGCGGCAACAGUCCUCUGUACGAUGAUGUGUAUCUGCCCGGCGGUGUGCGUGGCUUGCUGCGUGACGAGGUGGCUGCGAUGGCUGCCGAGCUGCCGCUUGUCGUUGAGCGACAGCCGUGGAACCAUGGGCCGUUUGUUACGCUCUAUGGCGACGACCUCUAUCGCGCCGCUGACGGUGUUGAGUACCCCAAGGACGCGCCGGCCGAUCAUCCUAAUUGCCGCGUGCAUUUGGCAACGACGAUUGCUGCCGCUAUCGAACAGCAUUCGUGGGAAGCCGCCCACCGCAACUCGCUAGCCGCCCAAGCUGCUGCGCAAGUUGCUGAUGUGCCAAUGGUUCGCUGCGUUCGUCCCCGUCAUCAUUGA